ACUCACCACAAUGAUGACGAAACUCAUCUCCGUCGCCGCCUCGUCCGCGGGGUAGGACACUUGCGGCGGGGACCAUGGAUCAUCCUCGACGACAAAUGGGUGCAUCGAAAAUUCACGCGCCCUGCUGCCGCUGAAGCUCAUCGCCGCCUCCGCCAUCCUGGCGGAGAGCAUCGUCGGCGUGUGCCUCCCGCUUGCAACGCGGUCGGUGCCGGCUCUGGACCCGGAGAAGAGCCCUUUCGUGUUCGUGAAGGCAUUUCGCCUCGGGGAUCAUAUCAGACACCAGGUUCAUACACGUGUUGCCGGACUCCUUCGACAUGUUGUCGUCGCACUGCCUGUCGGAGAAUCCCUGGCACAAGUUCCCCUUCACCGGGUUCGCCGCCAUGCUGUCGACUCUGGUGA